CGAAGCGAAUUGAAUUUGUUACAUUGAGGAUCUUUGCUUUGAGCCAUGGGGCAAUGCUCAGCAUGCUACGAGGGCUUGGAAGCGCUUUGGCAGCGAGACCUCCCUGCUCCGAACAGUGGGAGCGUCCGGUUGCCCUGGCGCCGGUGGCGCCCACGCCACGUGGCGCACGAGCGGAACGCCGCGCGUGCGCAACGACACUGGGGGAAGCUGAGAGCGCUAGUAUGGGCGCAAAUCGCCUUUCGCCUGCUGUUGCAAGAGCUCAGGAUUCGGGAGGUGUGCCGACUCUACGAUGAGGAUUGGAGCGAGGUGGGAACACCAUCUCUGCGGAGACCUUCCCUGAAUUGGCGGAAAGUGCAAGCACUGGCAUCAACCUCGGCUGCUGCACUGCAAGAGCUCUUGAAUGAAGUCAGAUGCUCGACAUUUCAUUGGCCCGGGCUGAGAAUGCACCAAAUCCAAGUCGGAGAUGACCUGUUGGACAUACCCUCCCCCCAACAAACAUGGAAGUGGAUCCGCCCUCUUGGUAGAUGGCUUCGGAGGGACUUCUGCACUUCCAGGAUUGUUGGAGGGAGGGUAUCUCAAGACUUUUGCACUGGUCAACAAAUCCGUUUAACUGCGCGAUGGAGGGAUCAGAUGAUGGGUCAUGGGUCUCUCCAGUUCUGCACCAGUUCAGGCACCAGUUCACCUUGGCACACCAGGUUCUUGCAAAUCGGACGGGAAGAUCACGAAGUUUCGACACAUUCAAUGCGUCAGAUUUUAGACUAUUUAGAUCUCAAGGGAUUGUGUUUGUGAGCUUGCCUUCAAAUCUUGAGCGAGCUUGUUUUGUCCUGUUCUCAAACCCAAGUCAACUACUGGCCGAUUGGCCUUGGCGCAAGUUGGGGGAAGACUCAUGUUCAACAUGGACACUCCAAUAUGAUUCCUCAUGUCUGUGGGGUUCCCAUUCCACACAAUUCCCCGCUGAGCGGCAGGAAGCAAACAAGCUGAGAAUCUUUACGCGGCAGAUUGGAGUGCUUUGGCCACAACUCUUGAGGGUGAGCCAGGACCUGUGAAAAUUCCAGUUGCUCCGCGUGCUGAGAACUGCUGGUGAGGCAGUGACAGGCGUCACAGGGUGAGGUUCGAUGCACCAUGAUGCAA